AUGUUAUUAGUUUUUACAAGUAGUGUAGUUUAUGAUAUCUUAAACACGAGAUGUCUAGUACCUAUUAAUUAUUUAGUGUGGGAAGCAACGCGGCCUUUAGCUGAUUGUGACUACUGUGCGAACGUUACGAAACCUAUUAUAUUACGGAACAUUACUCGAAAUGAUUUUAUGAAAUAUGCUUACUCAUCCAAACCUAUUAUAGUAAAAAACGUUAUCAGUCACUGGAGAGCAACUAAAGAAUUUAGUUUUUACAUGUUCAAAAGAUAUUAUGAGCAGACAAUAGGAAGUUAUGAAAGUUUUGAUGAAGGGUGUCAAUUUCUCAAUUUUAAAUCUGAUCUUUUUUCAUUAAAAGAUGUAUUUAAUAUGCCUGAUAAGAGAGUAAGGAAUGAACCAGGGCAAAAACCUUGGUAUGUUGGAUGGGCCAAUUGUCAUGCUGAUAUACUAGCUAAAGUGAGGCAGUAUUAUAGUAUUCCAGAAUUUUUACCAGAAGAUGCAGAGUUUCCAGAAACUGAAAAUAUAUUCUUUGGAUAUGAGAUGGGGGCUGUAAUGCAUUUAGACUAUAUUCCUCGUCUCAUGUGGCAAGGGCAAGUAAAAGGAAGUAAAAAUUGGUCACUUGCCCCAGUUCCAGAAUGUGAACAUGUUUGUCACAGGAUUCAAUAUUAUGUAGAGCCUGGUGAUGUUGUAUUGCUGGACACAAGGCUCUGGUACCACGCAACAAGUAUUCCCAAGGGGCAGUUUUCUAUGACAGUGCAAUCUGAAUAUGGUUAA